ACAAGACCACAGGGAGGUGGUGUUACCCAAACACACGGCAACUACAAAUCUGCCGCCUUGCCCAGUAAUUGGUGGCUUGCCAGCUGGAAGACCCCCAAUACCGAAACUAUGGCUUUACUCAAAAGACUGCUGAAACCACGCACACUUUCCAGGUGUCUUUUCGGUGUAAAACUUGAGUGUAGCUUGAUCCAAGGAGCUGGUGCUGCUUCUCUUCCAACGCGACUUGGCGCUGUGGAAAACCGGCUGUCGUUUCGGUCUCUGCAUGUCCGCAGCCUUCACUCCGAAACUGUUCCCGGUGAAGCGGUAGAAGUGGAUUUAAACCGGCUGGAUGGAGAUGAUAUGGGAAUAGUUGAAGUGCAGAUGUGUCAACAGAAGGCUCGGAACUCUCUUGGUCAUGUGUUUGUGACUCAGAUGCGGGACUUGGUUGCCGUUCUGCAUCAUGAUGCUGCCGUGAGGGUGGUGGUGUUUCGGAGCAUGGUGCCCGGAGUCUUCUGUGCGGGCGCAGACCUGAAGCAACGAGCCCAGAUGUCCAACCCAGAGGCGGAAUUCUUUGUCCACGGCCUGCGAUCACUAAUGAAUGAGAUCGCUGCGUUGCCCAUGCCAACCAUCGCGGCGGUGGACGGCUUCGCCCUGGGAGGAGGCCUGGAGCUGGCAUUGGCCUGUGACCUUCGCACCGCGGCUAGCACUGCACAGAUGGGCCUGAUUGAGACCACGCGAGGACUUCUACCAGGAGCUGGGGGCAGUCAGCGUCUGCCGCGGGCGGUGGGUUUCUCGGUUGCCAAGGAGCUGAUCUUCACGGGCCGGCGUGUGGGGGGCGAGCAGGCCCGGCAGCUGGGGUUGGUGAACCGGGCCGUGGAGCAGAACCCGAGUGGAGACGCAGCCCAUCAGGAGGCCCUCAGCCUGGCCAGAGAGAUACUGCCGCAGGCUCCGAUUGCAGUCCGGAUGGCGAAGGAGGCGAUGAACAGGGGCAUCGAGGUGGACAUCUCCUCAGGAAUGGCUAUUGAGGGCAUGUGCUACGCCAGGGUCAUUCCAACACGAGACAGACAGGAGGGGAUGAAGGCUUUCAUUGAGAAGAGGAAGCCCAAUUACAUCGGAGAAUAAGACCUGGGCUCGGACCUCAAAGAAUAAGGACUGGGCUGGGACACUGCGGUGGUGAAUACUGUUGCAGACAAUGGUUGCAACCAGGGCUCUAAAUUAACACCAGCCAACAGACCAAAUGCUGGUGAAAUUUCUGUUUGGCUGGUAGAAAAGACCAACUUCCCAGCCACUUUGAGUGAUUAGUGAGUGUGUGUUUUUGGCUAAUAAGAUUAACAUCUACUGUAGCCUACUAGCCAUUUUGGCUGCUGGUGAAAAAAGUUAAUUCAGGGUCCUGUUUUUUUCCAACAUCUAGUUUUUUCACCCAUUCAGUACAAGCGAGAGUGUUUAUACUGAUAUGGCAUGUGAUUAUUUGGACGCCACAUCUUUGUACAGUUUGAGAAUAGUCACUACAUUAUUGUGGUGUUAUGUGAUAGGAGAAAAAAGUAGAUGUAGCAACUAUCCCCAGGCAGCAUGUACAGUAUGAUGACGAGUGCAAGAACUCUAGAUCGUAUCUGAUUUGAGGAAAUGUUGCAAUUGUCCCCCAGUCUGUCCCUAACUGCCAAAGCAGCCCCACUCCUCUCCACUCCACAUCCCACCGUCCCUCUCCAACCGUCCCCUUAGUCUGCCCCAGACCUGCCAAAACAGCCCCACUCCUCUCCACCGCCCCU